AUGGCUUCUGCAAGGAAAGUAACGGAGAAGCGGCAUAACCCCGUGGAAAGCAUUUGCAGAAAAAUCAGAGCCAUCCAAGAGGGAGAAGCAAUUUCAAAUCCUAUUCGACAAAUUAUCAAAUACCGAUCUAGCAGUUUUGAUAGUCCACAGACUAACACCAAGAAACGUUUUGAAGAGGUACUAAAGAAAAUGAUAGCUGCUCACAUUCCUAAGCCUCACACUAAUUUCUCGAGUACUGAAGAAGAUGGUGCCUUCAUUUCAUCUCCUCAAGUAGUGUCUCCGAGAACUCUGCCGGUGUCCCAUGUCACUUCUCCUGAGAAUGCACAGUGCUCCCAGUACACGUCUUUGACAUCACAGAUCAGAAAAGUGGAGUUCUUCUCCAACAAGGAUUUGAAAAACUUUUGUAGCAAAAACGAUUUUAGUACCUUAACACUUGACUUUGAUUCCACUUCUGGUCGAAGUUCUGAAUUUUUUACCUCUCAGGAUUCAGAAGUGAAAAAUUUAUGUCUGAACGAAGAAGGAUGGAAACUAGGAACUGAUGAUGACAAAGUAGAUACAACAUGCAGCAUCAACAGGAAGUGUGAAGAAGAGUUAGUCACAAGUAUUUUUCAUGUGUGUGACAUAAAACAAAGAGGCUCAGUGGGAGUUGCCAAAAUAAUAGAAUACCUGAGACAAACAACUAGUCAAGAUUCUGAAGAAGAUGGCCUUCAGAAGCUGUGGAACAUGCUUGAUCCCAAAAAGAGAGACCUGCUUGUGGAUCUGGAAAAUUUCCAUGUUGCCAUGAAAGAAUGGAUGGCUUGCUGUAGAAAUACAUGGGAAGGAGUGAACAGUGAAUUAAGCAGCAGAAUUGAUGAUUUCAUUUUUGAGCAAUGGGACAGCAUAAAAUCAGGUGGAACAUUUAAGAUGACCACAGAUAUAACAGAUUCUACAUCAGGGAGCUUCGAGGCUUUGGGCAGAGACAUGUCUAAAGAAACCUUAGAGAUGUCUGAUUUGAUUACCUUUGUAGCAGACCUGAAUUUCAACAAGCAGAAAUUGAAAGAGGAAAAUAACAAGUUGAAAUUGGCAUUAGAAACCUUGGAAGACGCUAACAGCCAGUUGUCGGAGGACUGUACUGAAUUGCGCUCUCAGAUAAAAAGUGCCCACCAGGCUAUUAUGAGGACAAAUCUGUUAAAAGAAGAAUUAGAGGAACUGAAAAUUAGUUUGAAUGCUUCAGAAGAGCAGAAGGCCAUGGUUAUAGCCCAGAACAAACAACUAGAGGAAGAAAACCGUGCUCUGAUUCUUAAGAUUCGGACUCUCCAAGAAGAGAAUACUAAGAACCUUAUGGAUAUAGAUAGACUGGAAAAGAAGAUUGAGGAAUUUUCUGAAAUUGAGACAGUGCACCAAAUGCAGUUACACACAUAUGAGAACAGUUUGCUUAAUAAAGAUGCAAGUUUGCAAAAGAAAGAUUUAAGUAUAGAAGAGCUUAAGUCAACCAUCAGAGAAUAUGGAACCAUUAUAGAGAAUUUACGAGAGGAUAAAAACAAGCUGGCUGAUGAGUUACAGCUCUUACAGCAGGAGCUCAUCGUAAAUGGGAUCCAGUUGAAUAUUAGUGGUGAGCAUAAUAGUAUCAUUCCUGAAGGAGAAAAAUCUUUACAUUGUGAACUCAUUCUUGCAGAGUCUGCAGAGAACAGUGAAACUGAGUGGCAAUGCAGUUUAAACAGCUUGUCUUCUCUGGAUACAAUUAUGGACCAAGAAUUCCUGAUGUUAUUGAGAGAAACUGAACAAAAGAGAGUGGAAUUCACAACCACGUUGCAAAAGCUGCACGAAGAAGUGUCGGAAGUUGAAACUUUUAUUGGCACCUCUUUUCAGUGGGUAAAUGAUCCAGAAACGACUGUGAAAGAAAAGUGGGGGAACAAGCUUACAGAAUUCAAACAUAUCUUAGAAGAGAAGCUAAAUUUUUGCGUAUUAAUUCUGAAAAGCUUGGGAAACCACAAAGAAUAUCUUGAAAAAGAGUUUGUCAAAUUGAUAGAGAUUUUGAAGAGAUUCAGCCUGGAAUAUUUUUAUUUGGGGAAGGAAUUCCUUUCCAGGCAGAAGCAACUAGAAGCCAUUAAACAACUGCAAGAAUAUGCCGUCAACCAGGAAGCCAUCCUCAGGACGAAGCUCCAGAAAGUCAGCCAAGGGCUGGAGGAGGCAGAGGAGCAGGUGGGGUGGCCCCUGACUAUAUUAUAUCUGGGGGAAGUCACCUUAGAUUUUUUUAAAACCAUGAAGUAAAAAUGAAGGAGGAACAACAACAAAAAACAAAAAAACAAAGAGGAACUGCGGAGUCAGUCCCUAGUGACUAGCAGAGAGCGGAGGAAGUAAAGGGGGAGUUGUAAAAGAGGCGGUGUCAGAGCCUGCUGAUGAAAGAGGCAAGUUUGCAGAAAGAGGCAACUUGACAUAUCAGGACUUUUACCGGCUGUAGAAAUAGCUCAGGCAUACAAAGCCCAUGCAAACACAGAAUUGCAGAAGUUCAGUAGAGGCUUAUCACUUCUCUGAGAAGAAAAGCACAUUUUCAGUUUCGGGUGCAUAAUAAGAGUGAGCGCUCAAUGGCUUUCUUUCCGGACUACAUUGCUAAAAUCCAGCAUUAACUGUACGUCUCCAGGUUGAGGAUCGAGAUCCGGCUGCCCAUUCUGCCAACGGAAAAGCUAAGUCUUUACAGCACAAAUUAGAGGAAGCAAUUUCUGAACAACAGAACCUCCAGAUUAUAAAUACUGAGUUAUUGAACACUUGCCAGACACUUGAAAAGAAGACAAGAAAACUGAAAAAAGCAGCAUUACUACAAACUAUAUAGUGGUCAAGAAUCAAGAGGACAACUGACCCCCCUGACCUUGAAACGUACAUGCUGGCACACAGAUCCCUUUUAUCUGGACAGCCUUACAGGGAUUCCAAGACUGGGAUUGACAA